UUCUGCUCCGUUUACUUCCGGGUGAUGUUUACUGCAAAAAGGAAGCUCAUCCUGGUUCUGCUAACGAACUGCUGCUGGAUGUACCACCACCACCCCUCUGACAAAACAAUCAAAUAAGCGAUUCUGUGAUUUUUUACGCAGUUUAUUUGUAAAUUCAGACCCGGUGGAGCCGCAACCGCCGCUCGGACACCAACGUAGCGCCGAUGCUAACGAGCUAGCAUUUCUACGUCGAGCUGGCGGCUCUCCACGCCGUCCUACCCAACGUCCUGCUCAGGGGUUUCACCCACUCGGUCCUCGUCGCUCUGUCGUUCUGCUCGGUGGCUGCGUCGGACCAGCCGGGCGCCUUUCAUCAGAGGGCACAGUCGGUCAAAGCCGACGCUAAGCAGUGCCCGGGGUUCCUAGAGCCGCGCGUCGUGGAGAGUCGGUGCUCCGCCUUCCAGUAUCGAGCCGCCAACAAGUAUUCAGAGGGAGGUCGGAGCGUGAGAAACGGAGCCUCAAAGCUAGCGAUGCCCGGAUCCACGCCGGCCAGCAGCAAGGCUCGGGUCUACACCGACGUCAACACACAGAAGAACCGAGAGUACUGGGACUAUGACGCACACGUGCCAAACUGGAGUAAUCAAGACAACUAUCAGCUGGUGCGUAAACUGGGUCGAGGGAAGUACAGCGAAGUGUUCGAGGCCAUAAAUGUGACCAACAAUGAGAAAGUGGUGGUAAAAAUCCUCAAGCCCGUCAAGAAGAAGAAGAUCAAACGCGAAAUCAAAAUCCUCGAAAACCUGCGAGGAGGAACCAACAUCAUCCGUCUGGUGGACACGGUCAAAGACCCGGUGUCCAGAACACCAGCGCUUGUCUUUGAGUGCAUCAAUAACACAGAUUUUAAGGAGCUUUACCAGAAGCUGACAGACUAUGAUAUCCGUUACUACAUGUAUGAGCUUCUUAAGGCUCUCGACUACUGUCACAGUAUGGGGAUCAUGCACAGGGACGUGAAGCCGCACAACGUGAUGAUCGACCACCAGCUGAGGAAGCUGCGUCUUAUAGAUUGGGGUUUGGCUGAAUUCUACCAUCCUGCUCAGGAAUACAACGUCAGGGUGGCGUCCCGCUAUUUCAAAGGCCCCGAGCUGCUAGUGGACUAUCAGAUGUAUGACUACAGUUUGGACAUGUGGAGUCUAGGUUGCAUGUUGGCCAGCAUGAUCUUUCUGAAGGAGCCAUUUUUCCACGGCCAAGACAACUACGACCAGCUUGUCCGCAUCGCGAAGGUUCUCGGCACAGACGAGCUCUUCGGUUACCUGCACAAAUAUCACAUAGAACUGGACACUCGCUUCAAAGACCUGCUGGGACAACAAACACGGAAGCGUUGGGAGCAGUUCAUCCAGUCAGAGAACCAGCACCUGGUGAGUCCGGAGGCUCUGGACCUGCUGGACAAGCUGCUGCGCUACGACCACCAGCAGAGGCUGACGGCGGCGGAGGCCAUGCAGCACCCGUACUUCUAUCCUGUAGUGAAGGAACAGGCGAACGCCAACUCAGAUGGCACAAAGGCAAUAAGCAGCUCCAAUGCAACAUGAUAACCAGAGAGAGCAGGAAGAAUCUUUGUUACCUCAACUUGUGACCUUUUCGUGGCAGAAACCUCUGCCUCCACAUCAACAGCCAUACUGGAGCAAGAUGUCAAUUUUGCAGCACACACACACA